AUGUCACAGUAUUCUGGAAAGAUAGUAUUUUAUGAGGGAAGAUGCUUCACUGGCAGGAAGCUGGAGGUGUUUGGAGACUGCGAUAACUUCCAGGACCGUGGCUUCAUGAACAGGGUGAACUCCAUCCGUGUGGAAAGCGGUGCUUGGAUCUGUUAUGACCACCCUGACUUUAAAGGACAGCAGUACAUCCUGGAGCGUGGAGAGUACCCUGAGUUCCAGCGCUGGAACUCCCACAAUGACCACAUGGGCUCCUGCAAGCCUGUCAGGAUGCACGGAGAACAGUACAGGAUCGAGCUGUAUGAUGGAGGCAACUACAUGGGCCACUGUAUGGAGCUGUGCGACGACUGCCCCUUCCUGCAGAGCUGUGGCUAUGGCAGGCCCUGCGUUAACUCCGUCAGGGUAUUCGGAGAUGGAGCCUGGGUGAUGUACGAGGAGCCUAACUUCCGUGGCCGUAUGUACAUAGUGGAGAGAGGAAACUACUGCAGCCACAACGAGUGGCAGGCCCAGACCCCCAACAUCCAGUCCAUCCGCAGGAUUGUUAACUACUUCUAAACCUCCAUCUCUCUUUUCCUGUCCCCUUCUCAUUCACACCUCCUUCUGCCAGGCCACAGACUGUUACU